AUGACACUUACAAAGAUUCUUCUCAAGGAAUUUGCAGCAUCUACUGUCCACAAUGGUGCUACAUCCUUGGACCUCCCCCAUUCUUUUGAUUUUGCAGAAGCUGAUGACAGCAAAGACUCUGCUGCAGAUUUCUCUCCUCUCAUUAUAGCAGUCAUUGGCAUCUUUGCAACUUUGGUGCCUCAUCACCAUCAACAAGUGCUGUCUCCAGUUCAAGAGAAUCCACAGCGGGAGCAAAAUGUGGCUGCUUCAGAAUAUCAGCACAGAAGCCAUGCAAGUGUUUUGGUUGUCCAAUAUUUGGAAGAGAUUGUAAGUCUUGCAAAUGAUCAUGUUGUUCCAAAGACCACAACUCAAGAUAUUGUUAGAGAAAGGGCUCACUUGGAGAAUACAGUGAAUAGUUGUGAGAUUGGACAAGAUGGGAUCCAGCAAUUGAGGAGAUCAGCUUCUUUGAAUUGUGUUUCCAUUGCUGAUGUGUUGCAUUUACAUGACAGUGAAGAUGAUGAGGACUUGGAGAACCAGAUGGAAAAUGUCCAAUUUUCCAUGGGAAUUGGAUCCUCAAAUAGAGUAGCUGAGGAACAGAACUCCAAAUCCAACAACCAUAGAAGUGGAGUUUUCAGCUUGGUGAAGGGUCCUCUUGUGGUGAAGAGAACAUCAGCAGGGAGAUUUGUGUUCACAAGGUAUGGAAAGGAAAAGAAUUCUAUAACUCCUAAUUAA